AUGGAUGAAUUUGAGUACUUUGCAGAAUUCAUACAAAAAUGGUUAGCCCAGAGAGGAGCAAAUAAUAUGAAAGCGGAGGUUUUAUUACAAAGAGUAAAAGAAAAGGUGAAAGAUAUGCUCGACGAUAUGGUGGAAAGAGCAGACCACGAGGAGAAACUCUGUAACCAGCAGGGCCAGGACGGACAACCAAUAUUGAAGGAUCCGAAGGAGAAAAAUUUGUGUAAAAUUCUAAUCAGAUUAUUCUACUGCAUAGCUCGAUUAAGACAAAGGGGGGAGGGAGGUGGAGCGAAGAAAACGUGGAUAUGGGAAAAAAUAGUGAUGAAGGAUCCAACGGAGGAACAUGUACAAGAUUAUUUAAGAUGUAUAAUAGGAAAAAUACUUAUCGUAAAAAUUUUAGCAGCACAAUGUGAUCCAAGUAGAGUGGUUCAAAUUGUGAAGGGGGCAAUAGGCGAGAACAUAGAGAAGAAUAAUGCACAGGAGGAACAUAAUAAAUGUAAAGGAAUGGAUUUUAAAAGUUUAAGCAUUGGGCAGAAAUUUUUUUGGGCAGAAAUAAGGGGGUCCAUAGAGGAGGAUACGAAGGAGGAAGGGGAAACUAUUAAGGAAUUAAUAAAGCAAGAAGGAUGUAAAAAUGGCGAAGAGGAAAAAUUGAAGAAUAUUGCAGAUCUACUCGGCUUAAGUGAUGGGAGCCAGCUGCAGCACUUGAGCACUGAUAGUAAUACGUGGUCAAGUGGAGCAUUGGCCAAAGCGCUAUGUUAUAUACAGAAGGGUAAGCAAGGAAUUCAUGACAUAGAGGGAAUAUUUAAGGGAAUGCAUGAUCAGAAAGACAGAAAAGAUCAGGGACUAGUAACAAGGUCUGGGGGAAGUCCAGGGGGCAUCAGUGCAAGUAUUCAUGACGAGUGCGAACAAUUUGAGGACACUUUAUCAUCAAGACCCUCCAGUUCCGUCUCCUCUGUGGACGCAUCACCAGUCUCGUCAGGGGCUGUAGGUCCUAAUGGUGGAGCCGGAGGAGCACAAACAACAGCUCCCGCAGCAACUGAAGCCCAGGCGCAACUCUCACCAGCACCCUCCACUCCGACGUCAGAUUCGAGUUCCUCUUCCUCCAGUAGUUCAAGUUCCAGUUCCAGUUACUCUGGAGCCGAACCCACAGCUCCUGGUGGUGGCGGGGGAGGUGGAUCCUCUGGAGGUGGUAGUGGUGGCAGUUUACCUGCUGGUAAUGCUGGUCAAGGACCAGGUCAAGGUCCUGGUCCCCCACAACAACCACCCCCCCCACCUCCGCCACAACAACAGCAACCUCCUCUUGUCGUUCCACCAGCCCCUGUUCCCGCUCCUUUUAAUGGUGGAGGUACUGGUUCUGGUACACCCCCAACCGCAGCAGGGGCUGCUGCUCCAGGAUCUCCUGCUAGGGCUGGUGGUGCUGAAGGGGCCGGGGUACUGGGUGGUUUAGUACCAGGUGCUGGUGGGGUUGUACCUGGUGUUCCAAAGGUAGGUGGUGUCCCGGGGAUUGGUACUCCAGCAGCUGCACCUGCGACUGGUACUCCUCCUGGUCUAGGUGGUGCUGCUGGUGCUGGUGAUCCAGGUGGUGUUGCUGGUGUUGGUACUCCGGCGGCGGAAGAACCGAGUGGUGCUGUGACUACAACAAGUAAUGGACCUUCUGCUGGUCAAAUAUUUCGCGCUGUAGGAAGAGGAAUUUCUAACAUAUUGGGCUCAAUAUUUUCAAAUGCACUGUCCCCCCUUGUAAAUAUCACCACAGUUCCCUCCGGCCUUCUCGAUUCAGUUUCCCGUUCAGCUGGUCCCGUUAUAAAGCAAGCUGCAGAAGCUCAAGAAGCUGCAAAAGCUGAAGCAGCUGCAAAAGCUGAAGCAGCUGCAAAAGCUCAAGAAGCUGCAAAAGCUGAAGCAGCUGCAAAAGCUGAAGCAGCUGCAAAAGCUCAAGAAGCUGCAAAAGCUGAAGCAGCUGCAGAAGCUGCUCCUGCUCCCGUUAAUGGUGGAAGCGCCGAUUCUGGUACUUCACCAACUUCUCAUAGUGGUACUGCUGCUGCUCCGGGACCUGCUGCUGGGGGCGAUGGUACCGGUGGUGGAGGAGGUGGAUCUUCUGGAAGUGGUAGUGGUGGUAGCACUAGUACUGGUGCUGGUCAGGGACCAGGUCAAAGUCCUGAUUCACUAGCUCCACUACCACCCCCACCCCCACCUCCGCAACCACAACCACAACCUCCUCCUGUCGCUCCGGCAGCAGCUGCUGCGGCAGCUCCAGCAAAGGUUCCAGAUGGUGGUGGCGUUAGUAGUUUGGGUGGUGUGUCAGGAGCUGGUGCAAUAGGACGCCCGCACAGGACACCCAAAGCAGUUGGAACUCCACCUCGACCGAAAGUUGUAGAAUGGGAUAUAAGGAAUGUGAAGGAUGUUAUCAUCCCCUAUAUUCCAAUAAUUCCUGUUGUAUUAGGUGUUUCUGUAUUUGGUUUCCUUUUUUUUAAGUAUUUUGGAUUUUCUGGUCGGCAAAAACGACGUUCCCGACGUGCGCCACAAAUCCCGAGGAGUCCUCCCCCUUUGGAAGAACAUAUGGAAAAAGGCGCUCUAACCAUAUCAUAUGCACCUUCUCAGUAUUAUAUGGUUAGAAGACGCCAUCCUCUAUUUAGUGCGGAAAGGGAGCGAGCAAAAAAACAUAUCUUAAAAGGAAUAAGCGAAAAAACUGUUAUUCAUGUUCACUUGGAGGCACUAAAUGAAUACAAGAACCAAGAACCAAACUAUGGGUCGCCGCCAUUAAUGGAUAAAGUCGAUUUUCUUCAAAUCAUCGUGGAGGAAUUUAUGGGAUCCGCAUAA